GUCAUUGAACCAUCGUCAGUGGUGUCAGAAGAAACCUUCAUCAAAUACCAAUAGUCCAAGUCGCAAGACUUCCCAAAGUCCUUUAUCAGGCAUGUUCUUUUACAAUCUUUAGAACACAUGUGCUGUUGUUCCCGUUAAGCUUGUGCGUAACAGAGUGUGGGAGUGACCGUGGCAAUUGUGUAUGCAGCGGAUUGGCAUUUUUGCACGUUCCGGCUUUAAAUAUAAAUUCCCUAUAUGAGAAUGAAUGGGGUUUUGGAAAAUCGGCCGUUAAAUAACUGCUGGAGAGACCCUGCAUUCGAUUAUGUUAAUUAAAAUACGUGUAUGUCGUCUCUCUCUAUUUAUAAAUCACAGACCCAUAAUAUCUGUAAAAUAUCUCUGUUGCUAUCCCUCUGCUACCGGCGAAAAAUAACAGAUUAGAAGGCCAGUCACUUUACCGAUCAGAGAUUGCAAGUGUUCUCACAACAACCACAAAGUUAUUAAGUCAUCUUAGUUAAACACAUCGAUUACCUAAGGAUUUGAUGGUCACAAUCUGGUGAAUAAAAUACAUUUGAUGUUUUUUGGCGCUAGAGUUGUAACGUUAGCAUAAGUUUCAUAAGAAACCAUUGGGUGUGAGUUCAGAGUUGUAUGUAACCCAUGGAUACCACUCGAGUCCAUUGUGUUGCCUGAGCCAAGUGACACGAUGUAGUACGUUCUUUUUCUGCUUUGUCAUACUGGUAGCACAUUUUUUUUACGAGACAAGACACAAGUUAGUUGCAAAAGACUACAUUUGAUCACUACAUUUUAACUCACCAAAUGGUUUGCCUAGGUUUUCUACUGGCGUUUUUUCGCUUACUCUUUAUUUUCUCAAAUUUUGCGAAAACCCAUUAAUUUGUCCAUAAUUGUAAUACUAAGAGUAUUAAAACGCUAACAAAAAUGCCACCCUUGACUCCCAUAAUCUAUCAGAUAAUUCCUAAUUAGGGGGCGAAUUUCCACUCACAAUUUCCUGUUUCUCAUUUUUAUAGAUUACGUUUUUUCCCUGGGAAUUUCAAUUCUGUUUUAGACAUAUUGCACCAUAGAAAUAACAACAGCACUGCUUUCAUUUUUUAAAGCUUUUUGUUAGGUUUAAAGACUUUAGUUUUUUUAGAUUUAGUGGUGCUGGUGGCAUCACUCAUUGUAAACCACUUUAUGGCAUGCGCUAGCUCACAAAGAUAAAGCAGAGACUAAUUAAUGUAUUAUAUAAUAAUAUUAAUAUUCUUUGCCUAUGGUGAUCACCAUUACAUUGCUAACUCUAGCUUCACUAGCCAGGUUAGCAUAAAUAAGGCUAGCUACUUUAUAUCUGUGUGGGCAAACUAUCUAUUGCUUUCGCCAUUGAAAUGCUACGCCGAUUAUCCACUAACUCCUAUGCUUUCAUUCAUAACUGGCCACUUGGGCCCAUCUAUGUAGUUUCCCGCACCAAACACUUCUAAUGCUGCCACCGGAGCGCAGGAGUUGAUGAAAAUGGUUGCAACCCGUCUGAGCUAGCAAACCAAUUACCUUUGCUGUAGGAAAAACCAAAACACAUUUGUUUUUCAUUUCAUUUAAUAUUUUAACCAUUUAGCUCCAUUCACUCCCAUCAUCUCCCGAACGCCCUCUAGGUGAAUCGCAGCCAAUUUUGGUACAAUGGCAUUAAUAGGAAGUGAACAUGCUCUCUGUAGACGGGCUGUGGUAGUAGCUAGUCUUUUCACACAACAAAUAGCCUGCUCACUUCAGGCCAUAUUUUUUCUCUGCAGAAGUAGAGAGGCAAUGGGAGGACUUCUCGCACAUCAGUGGAAGAUGUCAAUCCCUUAAGGGGAGAUUCUUCGACUUUUCUGUGAUGUCCUACAACAUCCUUUCACAAAAACUGUUACAAGACAACGCCCACCUGUACAAACAUUGUUCCUUGCCCAUCCUCGACUGGAAUUACCGGUAUACCAACAUAAUCAAAGAGAUACAACGGCACAAUUCUGAUAUUGUGUGUCUUCAAGAGGUACAAGAGGACCACUAUGAAACCCAGAUUAAACCCAGCCUGGAGUCUUUAGGAUACCACUGUGAGUAUAAGAAAAGGACGGGAAAGAAGCCAGAUGGCUGUGCUGUGGUCUUCAAACAAGAUUCCUUCUCUCUGGUGUCUUGCCACCCUGUGGAGUACUUCAAACCGGGCAUUCCCUUACUGGACCGGGAUAAUGUGGGUUUGGUGCUACUCCUGCAGCCCAAGGUAGAGAAGGGCAUCACUAAUCACCUCUGUGUGGCUAAUACACACCUUCUGUACAAUCCACGGCGUGGGGACAUCAAGUUGGCUCAACUUGGUCUGCUGCUGGCAGAGAUAAGUCAUGUAGCAAAGCAGUCAGAUGGAACCACUUGUCCUGUCAUUCUCUGUGGGGACUUCAACUCUGCGCCUUGGUCUCCUCUUUAUCACUUUAUCAGAGAGAGCAAGCUUGAGUAUCAUGGGAUUCCCAUGGGCAAGGUGUCUGGACAGGAUGACAUCCCUAAAGGCCAGCGCAUUCUUAGUGCGCCCCUCUGGCCCCAACAUCUGGGCAUUAGUCAGCAGUGCCAGUAUGAAGAUCCUACCUCAAACGGUGAUAUAAGGAAUUGUGAAGGUUCCAGAAUUAACGGCAGGCCUUGUAUUGAGCAUUGCUUGAAUCUCACCUCUGCCUACUCCCAUCAUUCUUCAAAAAGAGGACAACCAGAGAUCACAACCUGUCACUCAAAGAGGGCCAUGACUGUGGACUACAUAUUUUAUUCAGCAGCAUCAAGGGACACAUCCUUAAAGUCAGGUACACAGCCUCAAGAAUCCAAUGUCCUGUCUGGGGAAGGUCUGCACUUGCUGACCAGGCUUGCCUUAUUCGAUGAAACUGAUCUUCACGCAGUCAACGGGUUGCCCAAUGCAAACAACUCCUCAGACCACCUGCCUUUGCUGGCCUGUUUCAGACUGCACAAUCUUCAGACUGCAGCAACCUGAAACAACCUUAUUGCUAACAACAAAGGACCGCUGAGACCACCAGAUGCUCCCAAAGUGUAUUCUCCACACUAAGGCUUCUAUGAUUUGGUCCACACUCCUUGUAUCACCUGCACAACAUUAGCAGGUCCUUCAUGGAGCAUUGUAAAAUGGCUGGCUGCUUCAUUCAGUGUCAUGGAUGGCCACAUGUACCUACCUGCUCUUCUGUGGAUUCAUUCCCAAACCUGGACCUUUUAGACUUUUGUGAAAAUAUAUGGCAAUAGUACAACAAAAUGUUAACAGUAAAGACCGCUUCAAUCUUCCUGUUGGGACUUCCUGACAGCACUUGCUGGACAGGUUGAACCAUCCUCUGGGUGUAUUGUAUAACCCUUGCCUCAUACUAUCCAAUUAUGUUUGGAUGUAACUACAUGUACCCUUGCCUGGGAUUAAAAGUGUGAAUAUAUUCA